AUGGACGUUCUUUCAGCAUCUCCCGACCAGCCUGUGCUGGUGCAAUGGCUGCUGGACACACGCAGCUUGUGGCCCGAGGCCACGCAGACGCAGCAGCUCAAGACAGUGGCAUCGCGGGCACUUGGGGUCCUCCUGACGGACGCAGACCGGACAUCGGUGCUGCGAUACUUCCACGUGCGCGACGCCAAGAUGGCGCUGGCAUCGCUGCUGCUCAAACACCUGAUCGUGGCGCGCUGUGCGGGUGUGUGCUGGGAGCGCACGCGGCUGACGCGGAAUGCACACUCGAAGCCGGUCUACCGGGUGCCCGAGGGGGGCACGCAGCCAGUGGCCUUUAACGUCAGCCACCAGGCCGGACUGGUGAUGCUGGCGGCAGUCUACGGCGGCGAGAAGCGGCACGGCGUCGACGUGGGCGGCUUCUUUGACGUGGGCGUCGACGUCGUGUCGCCGGGUGAACGACGUGGCCGCGACCACCAAACAAUCGAUGCCGAGGGCUGGGGAUCGUUUGUGGACAUGCACGCAGACGUGUUUGCGACCGGCGAGGCCGAGUGCCUCAAGCACGAAGUGCUGAGCGUAGUGUCGUCGUCGUCGUUGUCGUCGUCAUUGAUGCUCAGCCCGAACAUGGAUCUGGUCGACCUCAAGCUGCGCUGCUUCUACACGCUCUGGUGUCUGCGCGAGGCGUACGUCAAGAUGACGGGCGAGGCACUGCUGGCGCCGUGGCUGGGCGAGCUCGAGUUCCGUCGGUUCCGGCCACCGCCACCGGUGCAGUCGCCACCGUCGGACACGACGGACUUGCGGCAGGACGCAGCGGCAGCCGUGACGACGCAUGACAUCCGGCUUCGCGGGCACGCCGUCAACGACGUCAACAUGUGUCUGCAGGCCCUCGGCGACGACUUCAUGGCGUGCACGGCCAUCCGGACACCAGCAGAGCCGGCGGCAGCAAUGGGGCUCGUCAUCGGGCCGUUUGAGGUGCUCGACCUGCAGGACAUGCUCGACUUUGCCGAGCGGUUUCGCGAAGGAAAGAUGUAG